AUGGAUAAUGUCUUUUUUUGUGGUGUGGUGACAUCACCUUGGGACCACCCUACCCCUCCAUCUAUUCACCCAUCCACCCAUCCAUCCACCAACAGUAACCAGCAUCAAUGCAUGAUCAUCCAUCCAAGAAACCCGCCACCUAUAUCCGACCGACCUAAUUUUCCAGACCUCAACCCGGGUCCAUAUCGUACAAUACAAUGCCAGCCACCAACACAUAUGAAACAGACGGAACACAGAAAAGAGAGUCCCCUCUUUCAAAUGCAAAGCAGAAUCCUAAUUCGAAAUUGA